AUGGCAACCCCAACCAACCCUCAAGACUCAGAACCAAUUUCAUUGGUAGAUGAAGGAGGAUGGGAAAAAGCAUGGGAAAAAGGAAUCACACCAUGGGAUCGAAAGAAAGUUCAACCUGCCUUACUUGAAGUCUUUAAUGAAUCUGAUUUCUUAAAAGACAUUAAACAUUUCAAAGCACUUGUAGCUGGUUGUGGUAGAGGUUAUGAUGUGGUUUUCUUGGGUUCUAAAGUUGAUGAAUGUUUUGGUUGGGAUAUUAGUCCGAAAGCCGUUUCAUUAGCACAAGAGUGGUUGAAGACUCAAAAUGAAGCUACUAAUCUUGAAAACAUUCAUUUCGAAGUCAAUGAUUUCUUUGAUCCUAAAGGUUCUAGUUUAACUUUUGAUUUAGCUUAUGAUUAUACAUUCUUGUGUGCAAUCCAUCCUUCAAAACGUCAAGAAUGGUCAAUUAGGUAUAGUCAAUUAAUCAAAAAAGGUGGAAAACUCAUCACACUGAUUUAUCCUAUUGAUGGUGAUAGACCAGGUGGUCCUCCUUUUUCUGUAGACCCAGAUGAAGUUACAGAGCUUUUGAUUGAUGUUGGAUUUAAGUGA